AUGGAUGCCUCAACAAAGCAAGGCAUGGAACUUGGAGAAGAACUUCAAAGAAAAAAGGGAUUUGAUUUUGUGUACGUGGUUACAAAAGAUCUCCCUAAUACUGUUUGGAAAAGCAGUCUGGUGUUACUAACACUGACCUUGGAUGAGAUGAUGAGGAAUUUAAAACAAAGCUGUAGUUGUGUACCUCACGUAAUGCUGUAUUGGUGAAUUUUGUUGGACACGACUCGUACACUGUUAAAGUGUGAAUACCCAAAAUCUGCAUAAUGUCCCACCUGGAUAUGUAUGUCAGUACAAUGUUUGCUAGUUACCCUUUGCCUUUGAGUGUACAAAACUGCGUUUCACAAUUGGUGCUGCAUGCUUUUAUAGAUUAAUGUUUCCAACUUGCUUUUUAUUGAUUAAUGCUAAAUUAAGAGAUUCUCAAUGGAGUGAUGGAUUUUACACCCAACGGUUAAAAUUAUGGCCAUUUUACGACUAACGGUUAAUUUCUUCCUGUGACAAUUAACAAAAAACGUUAAAAAGUUUAUUGCAGCGACUUAAAAGCUGAUUAUCAUCUUUCGUGCCUUAAAACACACUUACACCCUCGCUUUUGCCAUAAGAGUUAAGCAAUCAGGAUUAAUCUAGAGCGAGCGGCUUUUGAAUGAGAAAGAGUAAUUUGCUUUCGGCCACGUGAGAAGACACAUAACAGCCUUAGAUUUGCACUUUCAAAAUGAUGCAUUGUAGGUGGGAAGUUUUUUUUGUGGUUAAAUUUUUUCUAAGACUAACCGUUAAACUCUGUCUGUUUUAACGCCUAACGGCUAAUUUUCAGUUCACGGUUAACUCCAAUGGUACCCUCAAUUAAAGUUAAGGAUUCCUAACGUAAGUGAAAUUUGAAACGUGCAUUUGGCCUUUUAGAACAGUGUUUGAUGCAAGAAAGAAAAAAAGCAACAGAGAAAACAUUAUGUCUAUAAAAAUCGGUCAAAUCAAAUACAAUUUUGCCAACCCGAGGCAACUUAUUUUCCUUAGAACUUGUUCAUUCGUAUGGCAUACAUUCGUAUGGCAUACAUUCGUAUGGCAUACAUUCGUAUGGCAUACAUUCGUAUGGCAUACAUUCGUAUGGCAUACAUUCGUAUGGCAUACAUUCGUAUGGCAUACAUUUUCUCAAGUGGUAGAACGUUAAAUGAAGUGUAUUAGAGGUGUAGUAACAUAUUGUUUCAAUUAAAUAUAUUCAGGUGUUUUGUAAACCGUUGGGAACAUAUUUUUGUCGUCAAAUGAUGUGGUCCUAGGCGAUUCAACUCAUUCUGUGGUAUUAACAACGAGCACAGUAAUUUAGUGAAUUAAAUAGACGCCCUUCAAGCGCACACUUUGAGUCAAAUUUCCUUGUGGGUGUAGGGAUGAGUAUGGAGCUGUUAUUUCAUUUUCAACGAACAGGUACUCCACCAUAAGCGCCACAACAUCUUAGGCUGCAUAUUUGUUAUGCUCUGCAACAAUCUUUCCUAUAUUUUUCGUUAAUCUAGAUUAUUUUAAAAUAAGUGAUUAAAAAGCUUCUUGUUUAAAGGGAUCCAGCCGAAUUAUGGCUCAUAAAACGUGCACUUUCUACCAUAACAGUUACGAAAGGAAAGGAUCUGCCUCAAAGCUUACGAAUGAAAUUACGAAAUGUUCACCUAAAUUGGAAAGGUGCGAAGACAUGUCAUACUUGAAGGAAUAUUUUAAGGUGCAGCUAAUGAGGAAAUGUCUAACUUGAGGUGUAUGACUUGUGGUAAACUCCGUUUGCUGAUGACAGGCACGUCGGUUAACUUGCCAUUUAGACCAGCGCUGGAAAAUGUGAAACCAUUCUUCAUGUACAGUUGAAUCGCUGGCACCAGUGUGGACGUUGUUUUUAAGAAAACCAAUUUUAUUCUAUUUGUCUUGGCAUGUGAGAUAAGUUCAUUAAUCAGGUUUUUAGCGAUCCCCAUUCCUCUACAACUCGGCACAAUGUACAUGCGCUUGAGUUCAUAGACGCCUUGUUCGAAGUUUUCCUCGUGAAUGAGGCCCGCCAUCCCAACAACUCUUCCAUUCAACUCUGCUACCCACAAGUGCGACUGUUGAAUCGACAUGUAAGACUCCUCAAUGUCCUUUAAAUCACCUGAUUUCAGUGUAUGAUUAAUAUAGAGCCAGCCUGUCAACUGUAAAUGUAUGUAGAUGAAUGCCAAAACCAUGCAUGCCAUCACCACAACCACAACAAAGAUCCAUGCCGACCAAAUCACUGCUGCAAGUAUGCCAAACAUGGCAGCCAUGACAAUAUACCUUACCAGAAACGAUAAAUAUAUUAAUGUGAUACUUUUUAUAAACUCUUGAUAUCCAUCUUUAAAAAUGUUUUGGCAUGCUAAUUGGUCCUUACGUUCGAAUGAACGAAUGAUGGGCAAGAUCCUGACUGUGUUGUUCUCGGUUAGUGAUACCAACUUCUCUCUAGAGAUUGACGGAGCCAUUUGGAGCUGUGAAGAAAAAGAUUUUGGCGGCGGUCGCAUCAAACUUCAUUAAUUGAAUCUAACGUCAAUUACAAACCCAUUUUGCUCUAAAGAGAAGUUAAAAAAAUCGAAAACAAUAGUGUUUUGCGAAGGGAGAUGCCUAAAACUCGGGGAUACCCAAAACACUUUGACAGCGGCGCUCAAAUUUCGUCUCACUCCAAAGAAAGAGGCUAAGAUGGACGAGGAAAAUCCUACCAUCGCACGUCAAACUAGACUAGCGGACUAAAGUAUUUUUUUCCUGAUGAAAUUUUAUCCUGGCAUACCUUGCAUAUCAUGGCAGCUUGUAGUUGAAGAAAACAUGAAUUUUUGUGUAGCCAAAAUUUGGAAGCCUCGGAGGCAGGACAUCGGGUCCUUCAAAGAUUUUGCAAGUUACAAAAAUUGAAAAGUUUUUCGAAUCAAAUGAUUUUAAAAAAUAGAAAAGCAUGGAUAUUGAUUAUCACCGCUGAAAAAAGACAAAAAACGGCAUAAUAAACGAUAAAUCUAAAAAGAAUUGUUCUCCCAUUUUCAAUUUUCCAUUUCAUUUUCCUAUUCCUCAUUUCUUAAUCCUCGUUUUCCAUUGAGCAUUUCCCGUUCUCUAUUCCCCAUUCCUGCUUUUAGUAACGGUAGUAAUUUGUCUUUUCAUAAAAUGUCCUAUAUUCUUAUUUAUUUAUUUCUUCAACUUAUAAUUAAUCGGACGAAUUUGUAUUUAAAAUCUGCAUUAAUAAAUGUCAGAAAAUAAUCCUCCCUUCUCGGUUUUUUAUAAUGUUAUCCGUGGUUGUUUAUCAGUUUUCAAAAAUCAGAUCUGGAUUGUCAGGAUCAAAAGAGAUCCAAACAAAGACUUAAGAAUAACAAGCUAGGAACGUUUAGAAGACAAAGGUUAGAAGUGUGCAGACAAUCAAAUUCGGAGGUUGAAAUAUGGCGCCAGUCCAUCAAAGAUCAGGAAAAGGCAGGGAAAAAUAGAUUUCUUCAAUGUCAGGUGAACGUGACAACGUUAGAAUGUUUUAAUGGUCAAUACAAAGCUAUUCAAAAAAGUGGUCGUGCAUCGUUUCCGGCGUGAUGAUUGUAGGAAUGGUUGCCAAAGGAAGGUUGCCAAACUGGCGGGAAAAAGUCAUGGAAUAAUGUUAGGUUAACGUGACCACAUGACCGCAUGACCACAUAGCUAAAAAGGAACUUUGUGAAGACGACUCAGUAAGCAAAAGUCAUUCUUAUUAAAGUGAACCUUCAAACGAUUCUGACUUUCAGUAAGCAAUCCGGGAUGGCAUGAAAAAGACAAUUUUGACAUUCUGUCGGUCUUUCCCACUCUUGUUCAUAUUCUAAAUUCAAUUUUUUUUUCAACUUCAUGGAACUUGGAAAUGUUGUGUGGGUCUCUUGAAACUGGACAACAUUCCUUGAAAAUUCAGAAAAAAAAAUUUAGACGUCAGGCGUAAAAAUUGUCAAAUUUUAACCGUUGGUGGUGAGAAAAGUUAACCAUAAAACUUUCUUUUUAUGCCCCAAAAUCAUCGCCCCAUUGAGAAUUUCUGACCGUUCUGCACAUGUUUCUGAAAUAUCCAUUUAACACAAAUCUUAGUGAUCGCCUGACAUUUAAUCGCCAAUAAAAUAGAUAAACUUCCCUAUUUGUUCCUAAAAAUUCAACCACAGGGCAUAAAAGAGUGGAAUUACAUGCAGUUACUUAUCAUGAACUACCCAUAGAUAUUUUGAUUAUCUUAAUUCGAGUUGCAAUGGAUCAAUUUCAAAUCUCCAGUUGUAGUGGAUCAGUUUCAAUAUGACACAAAGAGGCAAACUAGUAUAUACACAGGCUUCUCAAGCUCAAGUCUGAUGAAAUUUUAAACAGCCAUCUCAUGGCUGCAUAUAAACCUUCCUUUGCAUAAAAUUGACAAGUAUUUAUUGUAUAAUAAUGAUAAUUUUUGAAAUAAACGACAAACGUUCAUAAACUUGAAAAGCAGAGACAAAUUGAUAUUUAAAAUCACUUUAAACGAUUCGCUUAGAAAUUACAAUUAUUUUCGUUUCUUUGUCAUCUCGCCACAUAAAUGCUUAAAUUAAUCACUACAUGACAUGUACAACGAUUACAUUGUGUAAAGGAAAUAAUACAGAGGAUAUCAAAGACUUCAAUUCUACCCUCAACUUGAGAAUAACCUUUGUCGAUGGAUGGCAAAUGCGAUUCAAGCAACUUAAUUCAAAUGAAGAAACUUCGAGAUAUUCAACGGUAUUGCUAAAUCAAACAUUGUCCUAAUGUUUAUCAAUAAAAACUUAAGAAAGAUAUCCCGCAAACGAUAGAAAAGUCGGCCCAGGUAACUUAAACAGGUAAUAGUUUCGGUAAAUAUGCGAGAACAAGGUGGGAUAUUUUUCUUUAAAAAAAUAUUUUUACAGAUUCAUUUGGCCGUCUGCCAUGCCGAGGCACACUUAGCCCAGGAGGACAUAUUGAAAUUCAAAUGUUCUUAGAACGUUUUUAAGCAAAAUAUGUUUGUUGUUGCAGGUAUUACACAGAAUUUACUCUUCAUUCAAGAAAGUAUCGUACAGGUGGACAUGGGGGGUUCUGGAUAUAAAUAAUAGAACAAACACCGGAUCGCCGCAAGAAAUAUUAUCAACACACCGACACCGCAAGAUUUACUUGGUAUAAGUGUUAUUAAUUUUUUUUUUUAAACGUCAUUACCGUUACUACUAUUUUACAGACAUACAAAACACAUCACAAGACAUUCCUACCACGUUCUCCGCUUGUAAAAUUCCUUGUUGUCGCCUACACUUCAAAGAUGACUGCAUAAAUGACCGCAAAGAUGAUCCAAAGAAGUUACCGCUUCCAAAUGGGUCAGUCGUGCAUCCUCUGAAGUUAGAAUAUAAUCCCACAAAAUGUGAAAUUUACAGUUUGCUUCCUUUGAUGUCACGACUUUCUUUGUCCAGUUUUAUGUUUCAUAUCCAUUUUCUAUUUCAUGAGAAAAGCUUAUAUAGUUAGUCAUCGUGGUGACUAACACUGAUAGCUAAGUUUAUCGUUUGUCUCCUGAUGUAGUUAAAGAACUGGAUAGUCCGCUGUCAUUCAUUGGUUUAACAACAGCUGCGAUUGGCACAUUUCCAUUCCUGUUGCUUGGCAAAAGGUUCCGUCGCGGUCGACUCUCGUUCUUCCUUGCAAAUAAUCUUCGCUUUCGUCGCUGGCUCCUUGAUUGUCUCUUGAAAUUGGACAGCAUUCCUUGGAAACUCAUAACAUAUUACAUUUGAGACUGAUAAAAACCCAAUAGUUAUUUAGCCGUCAGGCUAAAUAACUAUUCGGUCAGAACAAUUUCAACUUUUGCCGCUUGAAUUGAAAGUAAAGCUCAUUUGAAUUGCUUUCGUAUGUGUUUCUGACGGUUUUACAUCUACCUGCUAGAUUUAUAGCUGCUACGCUUCAUGUUGACAAGUCCCUAGUCCCUCAAAAUGGCGGCCAAACUUGGAGGUUGCCGAAAAUUAGGUAAGUUCACGGAGUUAUAAAGUUUUCGUAAAGGUCGGACGGUAAAGUUUUUCUGUAGUUACCUUUUCUAUGGCACUUACUUCCUAGCUAUGUUAGUUGGAUCAGUUAAGAACGUCUCUCUUUAUCAAAAAUUUACCUUGAAUUUGAUCGGUUUUCGCGUGUGUGACUCAGGCGAACCGAUAGUGUCAUUCAAGUCUAUCUGUUUGCUUGAUUGAAACGUGAUGUUUACGAAAGUCGCCUCGAUAGAUAAGAUAGAGUUAAUAUACAUGUUUUUGGUAAUUAUGUUUUGCUGAGUUCCGUAGUAUUUUUGUAAAUUGUCCUCCAAAGUUGUCUCAAAUUAAAGUCUUGAAAAAUGUCACGACAGCUUCGCUCAAGUGAAGUUUAAUUUCCGUAAAACUCUGAAAAAUAAAGAGAUCCGAUCAAACGGAUUGUGGUUUUAGUGUAGGUACAUGAGUGUCUUACAACGCACAAGAAAUGUGCUAAAUCCGUCGACCGGACCGCUCUUACAGAGACACUCUCGUAAGACCGUGUCCGGCUGACGGAUGUUUAGUCAUUUAAAUUAAAGCUAGUUUUUUCGUGCAGCGAUUCUUUCGACGAAGAAAGGGGUCGCUCUUUCUUCACGCUUGCAGCGCAAUUAUCUCUUCAAAAAAUCUGUAAAAACCUUGAGACUUGACUUACUUACUCAAGACACCUUGAGGCAAAUGAUCCCACAUUUUUUGCCGACGGUGGCACUGUUUUCAAAUACAAGCAGAAAACGCGUGGAUUUCGUAAGCGCGAUGUUAAUCGAACACCGUCCUCCUCUUACUCUAUACCAAAAAUCGCUCAUAAUCUUUUCCUAUAUCCUUGAUGCAAAAUAUGUAUUUGAAAUUGGGCGCUGAAUUGCAAAUUUACUCGAAAAAUGGAAAGUAAAUUCCCCCCAAUGUUGUUGUUUAUCUCGAUAACCUUCACGCUAACACGUACCACUUCGCAAGGAAAUAUUAUCAGCAUACAUUAUAACAUAGCUAGUAAAUUUGUGUUAUCAAAUUCAAUUGCGCGAGCGUGUUUCAUAUUCCUUUAUAAAAUAAUUCAAAUAGUAUGCGCGCUCUGAUUGGCCAUAAAACCAUUUUACAUGAGCGUAUGUAAACACGGUUUUCAUAUUGAAUCUUCUCGCAGAGUUCUCCUUGCUAUUUAUUUAGCAGUAACUCGGUUUCUUUAAGUUCGUUUUGAGUACAGUACUGGAAGAAGAAGAUUUUCCCAAUUUUUCUUUGGAGUUUAAUUUUCCCAGUAUUCAAGAAACGGCCGAAAAGCCAAAUGAACAACAACAACAAGCACGUCGCUUUCCUCCGUUGCAAGAAGAGGCUCUUUCAUUAGUUAUUUUAUAAAAGAAAUGUAAAAUGGUUUCCGUGUUUACAUAGCCUGAUGUAAACACUUGGGAGGUUGGGUGAACACUCGAUAAGCUGGAAAUCACUCCGCUUCGCGUCGUGGUUCCCUACGCUUAUCUCGUGUUCUCCCAACCUCCCGCGUGUUUCACUUGCGCACGCUCAUGACGUCAGCAAACAAAUCCCUCGAGAAAAAGAUUUUCCAUCGGGUUGAAAAUGUUAUAAAACAAUUGGUUCAUACGUCAGCUGUGCGUUCAUCGAGAUAUGAAGCACUUGGGAAGUUUGGAGAGCACUUAAGAAGCUAGAGUUGCUCUCGGCUAAGCCUCGAGCAACUCUUACGCAUCUUUCCCACGUGCUUCAUAUCUCGAUGAACGCACGCUAAAAAGUAACUAAUAACAAAUGAAAGAGGAACGAAAACCGUGUUUACAUACGCUCGUGUAAAAUGGUUUUAUGGCCAAUCAGAGCGCGCGUACUAUUUUAAUUAUUUAUAAAAUUCGAUUGCGCGAGCGUGCUUCAUAUUCCUAUUGUGCACGCUCAUGACGUCAGCAAACAAAUCGAUAAAAAAACGAUAAAAAAAAAUUGAAAAUGUUAUUAAACAAUUGGUUCAUACGUCAGCUGCGCGUUCAUCGAGAUAUGAAGCACUUGGAAAGUUUGGAGAGCACUCAAGAAGCUAGAGUUGCUCUCGGCUACGCCUCGAGAAGUCUUACGCAUCUUUCGUGCUCUCCAAACUUCCCGCGUGCUUCAUAUCUAGAUGAACGCACGCUGACAUAUGAACCAAUUGUUAAUUAGAGUGACGUCACGGAACAGGAUUAGUAUCGGGUUUGCAUAGACGUUCCCUCGCUUCCAUUCCACCAUGGGAAGGGGAAAGCUACACGUAGGCUAGCAUGGAUGCCCUAACAAAGCAGGGGAUGGAACUUGGAGAAGAGCUUCGGGGAACAAAGUUGUUUGAUCUGGGGUAUAUGCUGAUCAAGGUUCUCCCUAAAAUAUGUUUUGAAAAGCAGUUUGGUGUAACCGCAAUUGAACUUGGAUGAGUUAAAACGGUACUUACCACCAAGUUGUAGGUUCGUUAUUUCAUAAAAUUUCAAUUGUUUUAAUUAUUUUUCCAGGGAAAAUAAAACAGAACUAUGGUCCAAAUUGGUAGAUGUUUUAAUUUCCAUUCCUAGAGAUGCUUUCAUUAAUUAAUGCCAAAUUUAAAUAAAGAGUUAUGCUCUUCUCACUCAUGACAAGGUGAGGAUUCUUAAGUGUAUAGUUUAAAACACGACAAGUGUAUUUCGCUUUCUUCAACUUUGUAUGGUCAAAUAACAAGCUUGAGAGUGAUUCAACGAUUCAACUUGUCUUGUGAUUGUUUCAUUCAGCUUCUAAAUUUGUUAAGUUCAUCGAACCUCUCCCACCCCCCCCCCUUCCUUUGCUCUUAAGUCAGAGAAAUCUAAGUUUAAUUUUUCGAAAGGAGAAAUACAACUCAAAUCUUAAAAAAAAAUGCGAGAUACAGCUGAAAAGGUGUUUUAUGGUAGCUGGUGCCGAAUAGUGAAUGGUGUAGUAAUCCGGAAGUCUCCAGCAACGUGUUCAGCAAAGUGUUGACGUUUUUCGCGAACUUUCGUUCGGGAUUUCGGUUUGCAUAUUUCGUUUACAUCGCGUAUUGCACCACACAAAGAAGUGAAUUUGUCACAUUUCCGAAAACAUUGAGAAAUAAGAGUCUUCAUGAAAAGGUCAAAAAGAGAAGUCACCAUGUGGCAAAUCCAAGAGAAAGCCAAAAAGAUCGAGGGCAGAGGAUUUGGUGAGGCGAAGAGACUGACCAUGCUCUUCGGUGUCUUUGCUUUACGCAAUGAAUUUGUAGGAGUUCGUUUAACCGAUUCGUUUUGCCUGGUGAGGAAGGAAAAAAAGAGCUUUCUUUGCUUGUCUUGCUUGAAAAAUAGAGCAGAAAUAAAGCAUUCUUUGCAUGUCUUGCUGGAGAAAUAGGGCAAAAAACAAAUUAAGAGCGAAAUAAAAUGAAACGAACAUGUCUUUUAAUUUUCGGUGCUUUAUCAAAAAACUUCGCCAAACCAUGUGAUUUUCACAUGAGGCACAAGCCUCCUCGCUAAUGCAUAAUGAAACUGAUAAUGAUCACAAUGAUAAAGAUACAUUCAUCUACCACCUUUUAAUGUGCUCUAUAAAUAGACCUAGUUAACAUGAUAAUAGUGUCAUUUCCAGAGGACAUCUUGCUUGUCUUUAGUACGAAAAAUGGAGUCUCUCGUUCACCUUCAGCUAGAGAAAGAUGAACAUAAAUCGUUCAAGAUUCGCCCGAUUACGACUGAGAAGGAAAUGCAAAGGUUUGUAAUAGAACCAAUGGCGAAGGAAGGCUGGCGGCCGGGCUUAAAAGACGCCGAGUGUUUUCUCGCUUGUGACCCCACGGCAGCUUUUGUUGGCGAACUGAACGGGAAACCCAUAGCCACAGUAAGAAUCUCAAAAUAUGGCGACAGCUUUGCUUUCAUUGGAGCUUACCUGGUGGAUAAGGAAUAUAGAGGAAAGGGAUACGGCUUGAAGAUCUUCAAUGCCGCCGUGUCAAGUGUGAAGCCAACCAGCAACAUCGGAUUAUAUGCUUUCCUUCACCUUGAGAAAAUGUACGAAAGAGGCGGAUUCCGAAGUUACUUUUAUGCAGCGCGCUAUGACUUCCAUCUCCCAACAGCCAUGGCUUGUUUUCCAGGAAUAGUGAAGAAAAUCUCUGUAGAAGUAAAAGCUAUAGAGGACGUAGAACUAGAGAACUUAUUCCUGUACGAUAGGCAUGUUUUUGGCUUCGAACGUAGCGCGUUCUUAUCGAGAUUGCUUCGUGCAGCGGGUACCCUCGGAUAUGUGGCCGUCAACCGUGAAGGCUCCAUUGUGGGUUACAUUUCUGCCCGACCGACUUUUCUCAAAGAGGAAGGUUACUUAAUAGGACCUCUGUUUGCGAAUUCUAAAGCAAUAGCACAGAGGCUACUGAAGGCAUUGUUCGAGAAGCUUCUUCAUCAAGAGAAAGCUGUCCCAUUGGUUUGCAUGGAUGCUUCAACAAAGCAGGGCAUGGAACUUGGAGAAGAACUUCAAGGAAAAAAGGUGUUUGAUUUCGUGUACAUGGUUACAAAGGAUCUCCCUAAUACCUGUUUGGAAAAGCAGUUUGGUGUUACUAACACUGACCUGGGAUGA